CUCCUAAUUCUAGCUCAAAGAGUCCUCUUCCCAUCAUCACAAGCUGAAAUGUCGAACGCAGAUUCCGGAAGUGCCUGGCCGUGGUUGGGGAAUGCUAAAGAAGAGAAUGAUGCAAUUCCUAGAGCUACUGCAACAGUACUUGUCAUUGCUAUAGCAGCUCUUAGUUUCUUCUCUUUGUGCAGAAGGCGAAACCACGCGACGGCUCCAUUGCCUCCAGGGCCCCGAGGUGUGCCAUUCUUCGGGUACCUCCCAUUCCUAGGGACCAAUCUCCACCGGAAAUUCGCUGAAUUGGCUGAGACCUACGGUCCCAUCUACAAACUCCGGCUUGGAAGCAAAUUAUAUGUUGUGGUUAACUCCCCGUCACUGGCCAAAGAAAUCGUGCGGGACCAAGACAUGACUUUUGCCAAUCGAGACCCAAACAUUGCCGGUGCUAUAGCGUCAUAUGGCGCAAGGGACAUUGCCUUCUCAAGCCAAGGCCCUUAUUGGAGGAAUCUCCGCAAACUGUUUGUGCAGCAGUUGAUGAGCAACAUGAGUCUCGAUGCCUGUUAUGGUUUGAGAAGGCAGGAGGUCAGAAAAGCUCUGAGCGAUCUGUAUAGAAAACGUGGGUUGCCAGUAGAUAUCGGCGAAUUGGCCCUUCUGAUCUUAGUUAACAUGGUGAUGGGAAUGCUGUGGGGAGGAACGCUUCAGGGAGAAAAGGGUGAAGCCGUGGCCUCUGAGUUUCGAGAGGUGGUGGCCAAAUUGAUGGUGCUCUUAGGUAGUCCGAAUGUUUCGGACUUUUUCCCGGCACUCGCUUGGCUUGACCUGCAAGGAGUGGAAAGGGACAUGAAAAGGGUGCAUCAGUGGCUGGAUGGUUUUAUUCAGCCGAUUAUCGAUUGCGCCACCAAAGGAACAACAAGUGGACCGUUCAAGCAGAAGGAAGGAGAACCUAAAUGCAUUGAACAGAAAAAGGACUUUUCUAAAAAUUUUGUGAGGUCAUCAUCACUGUUCAAGCUAGUACAAUGCUCGAAACGUGGUUUUAUGACUUCUUUGAAAUUAAACGACAUUGUAAUCGGCGGAACUGAUACGACUUCAACAAUGGUUGAAUGGGUGAUGGCAGAGUUGCUGUAGAACCGAAAUGUGAUGAACAAAGUAAUCCAUGAAUUGACUGAAGUUGUGGGGGAGGAUGAGAUGGUCGAAGAGCAUCACUUGCCCAAAUUAAAGUACCUCGACGCGGUGAUCAAGGAAGCAUUUCGCUUGCACCCGGCGUUGCCCUUAUUGGUGCCGCGGACCCCAAAUGCUUCCUGUGUCGUUGGGGGUUACAUGAUACCAAAGGGCAGCAACGUAUUCCUAAACAUGGGUUCUAUCCACAGGGAUCCCAAGAUUUGGGACAAACCGUUGGAGUUUAGGCCCGAGAGGUUCUUGGAAGGUCCCAGCAAGUAUGAUUUCUCAGGUAACAACUUUGCAUACAUGCCAUUCGGUUCUGGUCGGAGGAUGUGUGCAGGGCUUGCGCUGGCAGAAAGGAUGCUACCAUACGUUUUGGCCUCUCUUUUGCACUCAUUCAAGUGGGAAAUACCACCAGGGUCUGAGCUGGAUUUACUGGACAAGUUCGGCAUUGUGGUCAAGAAAAUGAAGCCCCUUGUCGCCAUUCCAAGACCAAGAUUGUCCACUCCGGAGCUCUACAUGUCGAGAUAGAUAUUUCAUUAGAGUCCCAAAGCUCUUCAUUUCAAUUCUAAGAAAUAAAUGUAUCCUGCCAGUAUCAAUCAUGGCUCGAGAUCUACUCAAUUAGACCUGGGGUUUCGGCUACGGAGUUCUGGAGGAGGUGGUUUGCUUGUGUCGGGCGUUUCAUAAUUUCAAUCUGUUUUAUGAAAUGAGUAUUCUGAAAUGCUCUUUACGCAAAUCAUAUAAGUAGAUUUUGCAGUUUCUAUGGAU